AGGUCAUAUACCUGACAGAUGUUUCCAAUUCGAUUUACUCGGAAAAGACAUAUCAUAAAGAUAAUUUUUGUUGUUGCUUUAUUUCUUAUACUUCUUAAUGAAAUAACUAGAAGGACAUCAAGCCCAUCUUAUCUUUAUGGUUCACAAAGAAAUAAAGCAUAUAAUCAGACAUGUGACAUACCAGUAACAAACAACCAAACCUCGUUGGCACACAGAUUUCCACACAUAAUAAUAAUUGGUUUUGGUAAAACAGGAACACGUGCUCUGUAUCAAAUGAUUCGUUUACACCCUGAUGUUAUUGGUCCCUCUGAUGAAGUACGGUUCUUCUCUAAUGACCAAAAGUACAAACAAGGAAUAUAUAGAUACCUCAGGUUAAUGCCACCUACCACUGUAACACAAAGAACUAUAGAAAAGAGUCCAGAUUACAUAAUUAAACCUGGCACAGCUGAACGAUUGAAGAAGGCACUUUAUCAUUGUCAUCGUAGUGAUGACAUAAAAUUCAUUGUUGUGUUAAGGGAGCCAUUCAAACGAGCAGUUUCUGAAUAUUUGGAGUGGAAAUUAUAUGUACACCAUCACAUGGGGAAAACACUUGAUGAUUUUGAAAAAUUGGCCAUUAAAGAAACUGGUGAAGUUAACAACUUUCAUUCACAGGUAAAACUAUUACGACCCUUGGUGUAGUUUCUAUCUUUCAUGCUGGGUUUCAACACGUCAGACGCUGUUUCUAAAAUCUGCUGCAUCCUUUCAGAUCAUUAUGGUUGUAACAAGAUGUUGACAUUUCUUGAUAAAAACAUCACAAAUUGUCGCAUCAUUGCAAUUGCAAACUUGAUACAAGGUUGUUCAAACAAUCCGAUAUCAGCUAAUUGUUUCCACAUUAUACCUCGCUGAUGAUUGCACAGCGCUGUUACAGGGUUGUUCCAACAAGCUGAUAUCAGGUUUUGUUCUCAAUAUUUUUUCCCAGCAUGUUGAUAACGUGAUACAAGGCAGACAUCUCACAAGGGUCUUCCCAUUCAGAUUUCAUUUGCAUGCAGCGAUUGUUCUCAGUUUGUUAACAAAUUAUUACGAACUUCAUGAUUCAGAAGACUUUACGAGAGUAUCUUUGCUCUGUUUGUUCCCACCUUAUGUACAAUAUGCUCGAAGCCAAUGAACAUUGGAUUGAUAGAGCAUUGGAGCAUUGGACUAGCAAACCAAAGUUCCCUUUCCACCGCGGUCAAGCAAACGUUUCAGCUUGCCCUGUGUUCCUUCAUGAAAUUCAACUACGUCACCACGUAUUGGUAUUGGCGUAUGUCAGUGACAACAUUAUAUAAAUGCUUGGUGAAAUAAUAACAACUUGUUGACAAACUUGGAACAUUUUGGUUGUUUACGUGCUUGCUUAGUGUAAGGAAACAACCCGUUACUUUAUUUUUUAAAAAUUUUGCCAGCUAAUUUUCUCGACUUUGAGACGUUGGACGUUCUUAUUAAUAAAAAUUCGACUCUUAUGUUUGCAGGUAAAUACAAGUAUUUAUUCAUAUCAUAUAAAGAAGUGGCUGAAAAUAUUUGACAUAAACAAAAUAUGCUUUGUUGAUGGUGAUGCUCUUGUCAAGGAGCCUUACUCUGUUGUGAAGAAGUUGGAGAAAUGUUUAGAACUUCGCGACUUUAUCACAUCUAAACACUUUUACUACAACAAGAUGAAGGGAUAUUAUUGUCCUGUGAAUGAGCAAAGAAUUGCAAAUUGUCUUGCUUCCAGCAAGGGAAGAACUCAUCCAAAUAUUGACAAAGACGUUGAGAUGAAACUAAGAAAGUUUUAUGAACUCUACAACAAAGAACUGUAUAAUAUAACUGGGAUAAAUUUUGGAUGGUAAUGCCCAACUACUGUAAAGGCCAUGCUACACUAGCCUGCACGAGGUUUGCUGCAACUAAUUGCGAUGCAAUUUUACAGAGCCAAUGAGUGAGCCAUGUUAUGUAACAAGAAGUUACGGAGAAAUUUGAGCAUGGCCCGCAUUCUACUCUACCGAAACUUUCUUUACAUAAUAUACUCUUACGGGACAAGGAAUGAAAUGAGAAAUGGAACCGGACGAAACAUGUCGGCAGAAUAAACUGUGAGCCAUGAAUCCCAUGAUCACAAUUAUCAGGAUUUUGGGCAUCUCCAUUUCCACUCAAGAAAAUUUUCCACGGACAGAAAUUUUUCCGAAAACAUCAUUGUUAAAAGUUAACUUCAAAAAUUUUUCCGACGGAAAAUUUGUGUCGACCAAUCACAUUUUACAAAUUUUUCUUUCCGUGGAAAAUUUUCCUGCGUGGCCUUGAAGGCCCAUUUCCACUCAGGAAAAUUUUCCUGCGUGGCCUUGAAGGCCCAUUUCCACUCAGGAAAUUUUCCGCGGAAAGAAAAUUUUGUGAAAUGUGAUUGGCCGACACAAAUUUUCCGUGGGAAAAAAUUUUGAAGUUGAAAAUUUUCAACUUUUAAGAAUGAUAUUUUCGGGAAAAUUUUCUGUCCGUGGAAGUUUUUUUUGAGUGGAAAUGGGCCGUUAGGGUUAGGAUUAGGGUUAUUAUAAUUGCAUGUAAACCCAAUACAAGUUAUACAACACAAUACUUUAUUGCAUACAAUCGCUUUACAAUUACAAUAAAUUAUUGGUUUAUUGCGACCACGCUGUUUGAGGCGGAGCAAGCAGUCUAGGGGCC